CUCGCAACUACAAAACGCUUCGGUUUCCUAGCAGGCUCCUACCACACCACUUUAUGCUGUACAUGUCUGUUGCAUUUUCUUCGAGACGCCGCUAGAUCUUGAAAUUUACACAAAGCUACCUCCUUUUUCUAGAAACCUCAGCCAUGUCGAACACGCCGAACGCAAACAACGCCGCGGAUAACCAGCAGCAGAGCACCUGUGGCUGCAAUGGCAGAUCAGCAGCCCAUGGCAAGGGAUCCGUGGCAAAAAAUGGAUCCGCUGGGUUGGGAGAUGCAAAGAAGACACGCUCUAAGAGCAGGAAAGGCAAACAGCACAGUCAUUCCAAACAUGUGGCUAAUGACAAUGGCAAGUCAAAGUACAAGGGUGAUAGUGAGGAUGAUGACGAUGAUGAUGACGAUGACGAGGACGAGGACGAGGAUGAUGACGAGGAUGAGUGCAUUAUCUGUUAGAAUUUCAAGAUCCGAUUACUGUGAACUACAUAGUUUUUCAUCCUGUUGUUCUUUUCUUUCUUCUUCUUUUUGUCUGUGCCACCUGAGCGAUGGUAUAAAACCUUUUCGCUCGCCUCUCCCUUCCUACUUCUCUUUAGCUUUCUUCAUCAAUAUAUAUAUAUAUAUUCCUUG